GUAGCCGUGGACUGAACUGGCUCAGCGGACUAAUUUAGUCAACGGGAAUGCUUCCCCAAGCCGUUGUUCGCAGUGAAAACUAAAGUGGUCAAUGCCAACGUUUCCUCCGAGGGCGAUGGGCUGGUGUGCAGGUGAGCCAACGUGAGAACAGGCUCCCCCAUAGGAAGCGCUCGCACAUGGGAACUGUGUCACUCGACCUUAUCCGCAUUUGGACAGUUUGAAGACAGACUCAGAGACAUGUCAAGAGACAGCAUGACAGCUGUACGUGGAGCCCAGUCACACAACGCUUCACCUAAAGAGAAUGGACACACCGCGCCGAGCCCCGCUCAGCCCAGCGCCAACUUUCCCCAUCCCUCUGCGGGGAACAUACCCGACGACACGCCGGUGUCCUCUACCAGCGAGCUGACCCAGACCUGGGUCCACUUCGCUAAAACAUUUGUGCUCAUUUUCCCGAUUUACGCAUUGGGGUAUUUUGAGUUCAGUUUCAGCUGGCUGCUGAUUGGACUUGUUAUCUUUUUCUGGUGGAGGAGAAACACAGGAGGGAAACACAGCCGAGUGAGCCGAGCUCUGGCUUUCUUUGACCAGGAGGAACGAAGUGCCAAGCAGGCUCUGACGACCUCUGAUCUACCACCAUGGGUCCACUUCCCAGAUGUAGAGCGAGUGGAGUGGCUAAACAAGACGGUGAAACAGAUGUGGCCGUACAUCUGCCAAUUCGUGGAGAAACUCUUCCACGAGAUGAUCGAGCCGGCGGUGAAGGAGUCCAACGCCCACCUCAGCACCUUCUGCUUCAGCAAGAUCGACAUCGGAGAAAAGCCGCUGAGGAUCAAUGGGGUCAAGGUUUACUCAGAAAAUGUGGAUAAGCGGCAGAUCAUUAUGGACCUACAGAUCAGCUUUGUCGGCAACACAGAAAUCGAUGUCGACAUCAAACGCUACUACUGCAAAGCCGGCAUCAAGAGCAUCCAGAUCCACGGCGUGUUGAGGGUGGUGAUGGAGCCGCUGCUGGGCGACAUGCCACUUGUUGGAGCUCUGUCUCUGUUCUUCCUCAAGAAGCCACUUCUGGACAUAAACUGGACCGGCCUCACCAAUAUACUGGACAUUCCUGGGCUCAAUGGCUUCUCUGACAGCCUGAUUCAAGACAUUAUCUACAGCUACUUGGUCUUGCCCAACCGUAUCACUAUCCCACUGGUCGGGGAUGUGGAACUGGCCAAACUACGCUUCCCGAUGCCAAAGGGAGUCCUAAGGAUUCACUUUCUGGAGGCUCAGGAUCUGGAAGGCAAGGAUAAAUUUCUGGGCGGGCUAAUUAAGGGCAAGUCUGACCCCUACGGUGUCCUGCAGAUCGGCAACCAGCUGUUCCAGAGCAAGACAGUAAAGGAGAGCCUCCAUCCCAAGUGGAACGAAGUUUACGAGGCUCUGGUGUACGAGCACUCAGGUCAGCAUCUUGAGAUCGAGCUGUUUGAUGAGGAUCCGGACAAGGAUGAUUUCCUGGGAAGCCUCAUGAUUGAUAUGACUGAGCUGCACAAAGAGCAGAAGGUUGAUGAGUGGUUCGAUCUCGAGGAAGCGCCUACUGGGAAACUCCACUUAAAACUGGAGUGGCUGUCUCUGCUCUCCACUCCUGAGAGGUUGGACCAGGUGCUGCGGAGUGUGCGCGCAGACAGAAGCCUGGCCAAUGAUGGACUGUCGUCAGCACUGCUGGUGGUCUAUCUGGACUCAGCCAAGAACCUGCCAAGCGUCUUCUCAGGCAGCUUAGGCUGCGGAAACUUAAGUGAGAGGAGAGCGUCGGGCCUAGUCUUUUGUGAGAGCAAUACUUCUGAGUAUAGAACAAUAUUUUCUGGCAAGAAGAGUAGCAGUGAACCCAGCCCUUAUGUCCAAUUCACAGUUGGGCACAAAACACUGGAGAGCAAGAUCCGGUACAAGACCAAGGAGCCUCUGUGGGAAGACUGUUUCUCAUUCCUCGUCCACAAUCCCAGGAGGCAGGAGCUCGAGGUGGAGAUAAAAGAUGACAAGCACAAAUGCACUCUGGGUAACUUGACGGUGCCUCUGAGUGGCCUGCUGGUGGAGGAGGACAUGACGCUGACUCAGUGCUUUCCUCUGAAGAACUCGGGACCCAGCUCCACCAUCAAGCUCAAGAUGGCCCUCAGGAUCCUGUCCUUGGAGAAGCAGGUUUCCUCGGACCAGCCUUCGUCCGUCCAGGUCAGGAAGUCGAGCGCGCCGCAGCCGGCCGCAGCCCCCUCCCCGAGACCGUCAUUCUCAGAUUCCCUGCUGUCUCCACCCACACCUCCGCAGCCUAUAGACGCUUCCACGCUCACCCUCCAGCACAGGGAUGGCGAGCCGUACUCAGCCAGCCCUCGCCGCAGCACCUCCAACCUGAGCACCUGCAUGUCCAGCUCCCAGAAACACCUGCCUCACAAGGAGUCCACGCCCAGCCUGGCCUCGGAUAUCUCGCUGCCCUUUGCCACCUUGGAGCUCCAGCAAAGACUCCGACAGCUGCAGAACGGCUCGGCCCCCAGCCAGUACCCCCUGGGUGAAGUCCAGCUGACCGUUCGACACAGCUCCCAGAGGAACAAACUCAUCGUGGUGGUGCACGCCUGCCGUAACUUGAUAGCCUUCACCAAAGAUGGCUCAGAUCCCUUCAUACGCCUCUAUUUGCUGCCUGACAAGAGUCGGACUGGGAGGAGGAAGACGAGCACAAUGAAGAGGACCCUUAACCCUGUUUAUGAUCAAACGUUUGAGUUUAGUGUAUCUAUGGUGGAGCUUCACAGAAGAACUUUGGAUGUAGCAGUGAAGAACGGAGGGAGUAUUUUGUCCAAACACAAAGGGCUUUUGGGAAAGGUACUGGUAGAUUUAGGUGGGGACGAUAUAUCAAGAGGAUGCACACAAUGGUAUGAUCUAAGUGAAGAUGGUUUGUCGUCUCAAGGCAUAAGAAGAAUUCAAGACCCCCUUCUCACGUAGUGAAACCAGCUCCACACCUCUCCGCUGUAAUAUAGUUGUUAAUCUAAGGGCACAUCGUUCUGUUUUUCAUAUAGUUUACAGGAAUAAUUUCAGCAUGUAAGAAGUUUUUCAAGCAUUUCCUGUUAUUAUUUCAUGAUCAAGAUUGGAAGAUAUUGUAACAUAUUGUAAUGCAUUGAGACACACGAACUGCCUUGUCUCUCCUCUUUUCAGUGUUUUAUGUAAAUAUGACGUUGCAAAUAUAUAGUUACAAGAAAUUGCAGGGGUUUUCAUGGCAUUAUACUUUCUAUUAAAAAUCUGUCAAAAUUCUUACUACUUUCCGUCCAGGUUGUUAAAAUGUGACGAAUUCUGUUUUACUGUCUGAGAAAAACUCUUACCAAAGGAACAGAUACAAUCACGAUAGUAGGCUUAAGUAGCAGUCUUGACUUUGUUUUUGUUUUUUUUUCUUUUCGUUUCUUGUUAUGCAGUGUUAUUUGAUUGUUUACCUCCUGUUGUUCUUUAUGCUUGAUUACGAACAUGGAAUGCACAUAUGCAAGGAAUAAAAUGAUUGCUCUGUAUAUUUUAGGAGAUCUGUGCAAUAUUGUUUGUUCUGAGAUAACGCAGACCUGUGGGCAUUUUAGGGCUAUGAACAAGUGCUGUACAAUAUGAACACAACAAAGGAUACUUGAAUAAGGGUUUGAUUGUGGUCAAACCAAAACGUGAGUUGAGCAAACUGAAAAGUAUGAGCAGAGACAGCAAUUAUUGCAUUUUUAGGAGCAGGGCUGCUAGAAUCUGUCGUUGAGAUGAUGCAUCUGUGUCAUGCUUGUACAUGUUUUGCCAUGCAGUUAUAACUGUUUGUUGGAGCUUUUAAAUACUUGUAAUCUAUCCUGUGCCUUAAAAACCCAACAUGUAAUUUUUUUGCCUUCUUAAUGUUAUUAUUUUGAAUGACAUGAUGCCUCAUGGCUUUUGAUGAAUAAAUGGUUUCUCUUGUGAAAA